AGUGAUUUAAAAAGAGUCAAUUUAGUUGUGUGUUCAUCUCUGAACGUUGAAUACGUAUCACUCAUCUCAAUAAUAGUGGGAAUAAUGUAAAUUGUUGCCUUGCUUAAGCAAUAAUUUAUUAACUAGUGCAAUAUUAGUGUAACUUGUGUAUGACUUAAUAUUAAAUAAAAGUUGGAUCUUCUAUUCAAUCAAUAUGAUUUUAAAAAUAUUAGCACUCGUGUUCUACCUGACGAUAUAUUCCGAAGCUGCUAAUAUACUUUAUGCGAUUCCUUUUACCACAAAAUCUCAUUAUAUCACAGUCAGAACUAUAGGAUUAGAGUUAGCUCGGCGAGGUCAUAAUGUCACGGUUAUAACAGCAUACAGGGAAGACAAGCAUCCACCUACUUAUCAUCAAAUUAUGGUGAAAGAUAUAAAAAUAUGGGAAGCUCUAGGAGGCGAGCGACCUAAUAUAUUUUCAACAGUCGAUAUGAGUGCUGUGCAAUUUCACGACGAUAUUUUAUGGCCCGGUGGGUUAGCUCUCACUGAGGAUGCUUUGCAAACACCGGCCGUACAGGCAUUGCUAGCAAGUGAUGUUAAAUUCGAUCUGGUUAUAAGUGAACAAUUCUUUCAAGAAGCAUUCUAUGCCUUGGCUUACAAAUAUAACGCUCCGUUAGCACUAGUGACAACAUACGGCAAUUGUAUGAAACAUAAUUUUCUAACUCGAAAUCCGUUGCAAUUGGCCACAGUGCCUUCUGAAUUAUUGGAUGUGGAUGAUCCGACCAGCUUCAUCGGGAGAUUGAAAAACUUAUAUUUCACUGCUUAUGAAUUGUUCUGGUGGAAAUAUUGGUAUCUAGGAAAGCAAGAGCAGUUGAUGAAAAAAUAUAUUCCUGGAUUACGAGAACCCAUUCCAAGUUUGUUUGAGAUUCAAAAGAAUGCGUCCCUAAUGUUAGUCAAUAGUCAUUUUAGUGUCGAUUUAUCGAUGCCAUAUUUACCCAAUAUUGUAGAAAUCGGUGGAGUACAUAUCACCAGAAGUAAUAAUACCCUUCCGAAGGAUUUACAAAAAUAUUUAGACGAUGCUAAGGAUGGUUUUGUGUACGUUAAUUUUGGUUCAAAUGUAAGAAGUAUUGAACUGCCUGAAGAGAAAAAGCAAGCUUUCCUUCGAGUGUUCAAACGGCUAAAACGAACUGUGGUAUGGAAAUGGGAAGAUGAUAAGUUAGAAGACAAACCGGACAACGUUAUUGUUCGUAAAUGGUUGCCACAAAAAGAAAUACUUGCUCACCCAAAUAUUAGAAUAUUUGUAUCACACGGUGGACUUAUAGGCACACAAGAAGCUUUGUACAAUGGAGUACCGAUAGUCGGUGUUCCUAUAUUCGGUGAUCAAUACAACAAUGUAUUGGAAUUAGAACAAAUGGGAUAUGGAAAGUUAUUGCAAUACCACGAUAUAACAGAAGAAAGAAUGUAUGGUUUAAUCGAUGAGGUGCUGAACAAUGAAUCAUAUAGGAAAACAGCAAAAGAAGUUUCCAGAAGGUUUUGGGAUAGACCAAUGAAUGCUUUAGACACGGCUAUGUAUUGGAUUGAAUAUAUCAUACGAAAUAACGGUGCUCCAUACAUGAGAAGUCAAGCAAAUGAAUUAAGUUGGCUCAGUUUUACAAUGCUGGAUGUGUACAUUUUUAUAUUAUUUGUGAUUAUUAGUUCAAUCAUUUUCACUAUCAAAGUCAUCAAGAUUAUCAAUACACUAUUAUGCCCUCGUAAACCAAAAGAUAAGAAAAAAAGAUCCUAGUGUUAACUAAAAUGAGGCUUAUUCGCAGAUAACAUAAGGCUGUUAUUAAAACUAAGCAUUCUAAGAAAAUUUCAACAUUAAUGAGUCCGUACUUUUAGUACCUGUGGCUAUGUAUUAUUUUCAAUACCAUAGUAUUUAUUUAUGUCAGUAUAUUUAUUCGGACUAGUACUACUACACUACUACUACUAGGUACUAAAUAUCAUAUGUUUUACAUAGAACUGAAUUGUCGUUGAAAUAACUAGAAGAGAAUAAAAUAUAUUUUUUAA